CAAACAGCCGCUCUAUGUUUUAAACAUAGGGGACAGACUGCAUACAUCCAACCCCCCUUACCCUGCAAUGGGCGGGAGCCAUUGAGGCACUGGGGUAAUGUUGUUGUAUUUUUUGGGUUCCAAAUGGACCCAAAAUAUGCAAAAGUAAUUUUUUUUGAAGCUUACACGCUUGUGAUCACAAUCACUGUUGACACUUCUGAGCUUCACUCUGCCAUCUGUUGUAGUAUUAUCUGAAUGCAGAUUCCAUACCCGGCUACUGAACAGUGAUCCAGCUAGAAAGGUUGCCACACAGAGAACUACUAUGGCUUUCCCGGAAACUGCUUUCGCUCUCAUUUUUGAACUCACUUUGCCGAGCUGCCUAGGCCACGUAAUCAGCUGCAGCCCAGAAGUUUGAGACGGGAUAUAUGGCAUAAAAUGUUCCCACUAUACAGUCUGGGUGCAUCUUCAGUGUCAAUUUAAUUUUAGUAAAAUUAAAUUGACACUAGAAGAUCUUCGGUCAUAAUCUGUAUUCCAUAGAACAGCUCAUGUGGGUGGGCUCAGGUUCGAUUCAUAAGUUCCAUAAAAAGAAACUUUAACCAUGUGUCAAACGGUUAAAUUGUCCUCACAUGUAUUAUUUAUAAUAAUAUGCGUGACGACAAUUCAUCCGUUGAAAUGGUACAUGGGUCCCAAUUUUGAAAGAGAUGCCAUCCUGACCCUACCAUAAUUGUUCCAAUGAUGUUCAUAUACUACUACAGUUUUACUGUGUACAACCGACAACAGAUAAGAAUGGGAAAAUGCUACUUUAACCCCACGGAUGACAUCAAGGUUGGCACCACCCUAGACAAUCAAUGAUUGGCUGUGAGAAAUCGUUGUAAUUUGUGCCAUUUCUGAAAAUUUGAAUCAUAUUCUAGUAAAGAAGGAAUUUUUUGUAUUAUGGUGUUUGGUUUACAUAGAAAGUGUAAUUAAAAUGCAUUAAUCAAGAAGUGUCUUUAGCUGCAAUCACUAAACUAUGCUUAGAUUAUCAUACGGCUAUAGAUGGUGUCCUUCGGAAUAAUAGAGGUCAGUGGAAACGUGGAUGCAGGCCCAAGCGGUGUGGGAAGGUUUCAACUUUCACCUCACCAACAAAUCAAUAAACUGCAGACCUCACCGGAGAAAAUGGUGUCUCCUUCAGUCCGGCCGGAAAGUCAUGCCCUAGUCAAAAGGAGCUUCCUUUUUCCCGGGGGCUUCUUCGUCGCUUUCCUCCGCCGCUACUAACAGCAAAUCACAGGGAAAGUGAAUUCACGCUCUUACUAGGCCGAGAUUUUCUCUUUCAUCAAGUUGAUUUGUUGAUCUUUGUGGAAAAUUUUAGCUUUGUUGGAAUCGCCUAAGGCAGAUUGUUCAGAUCUCGAGCUCCGAUCUGCUGUGGGAAUCAAUUUCUGGGCCCGAACCUAAUCGAAAUCUGCUCCAGGUUUCAGUGUUCAUCACGAACGGUAGAGUCCCAAAUUCAACAGCCCCACGCUAGGCGGAUGCCAGCCACGUCGGCUACGUGCAGAGUCCAUAGUGCCGCGAUGAUAUUGUUGGAACAUGAAUUUAAAACCUAUCUUAGCCAUCUCUCUAACUUUCUUGGAAUUCAGAGCCAAACCCCAGGAUACCAAAAAGAAAAUCAGCCUUUCCUCACCACAAAAAAAAAAGAAAAACCAUCCAAUAUUUAUGCGAGAGAGAAGGGGUAUCCAAAUAGUUUUUAAUUUCAUAAGUUGAUAGUAUUCAGUAUUCGGAUACCCCUUCUCUCUCGAGUACUAAUCGGAAGGUAUUGUUGGUUGAGGACAUUUCCAUGGUUCUUAUUCAGGUUUUGUUAUUUGUGAUGCAUCGGUGUGGGAUUAUUGUUCUCAGAACAUAUUAAAGCAUCUUCCUGAAACACCUCCCUUUCAUCAGUUCCUCGGACUGCUGUAGUCCCUCUUAACAUUGCAGGAAAUGGCGUCUUCUUCACUCCGGUCCGGCACGUGUCGAUCAUACAACAACAUUACCCCAGUGCCUCAAUGGCUACCGGCCAUCCCGUGUAUCUAGCUGCAAGAGUAUAUAUAUAUAUAUAGGACUACACUUUGCUAGAGUAUAUAAAACUUUAAUUUCAAUCACACAAUUUCAUUUUUUUUUUAAAAUUUUGUAACGAACCAAAUGCAAAUUAUCAAAUUUGGAGUAUUUCACAAACAAAAUUUUGCAUUAUUGAUAAUUAAAGAAGAAAUGUACUGCACAUAA